AUGUCCCAGAACAACUUCACCUUUGUCGUUGAGCAUCUCGACCCAGAACUCGGUCCCUGGUCCGCGCUGGAAUACAAGACCAUUGCCCAAGAAUCACAACAAGCUGGAUGCCAUUUUAUCCUGUCUUCUCUGCCUCAGUCUCUGCUCGAAUCACAGGAUCUGAAAGACUUGGUAAGGCUGGGCGCAGAGUCUAGGUCCGACAGCAUCGAGGCCUAUUUCUCCCACAAAAAGGAUAAGAUUUGCCUGCUCGAUCCGGCUGCCAAGCAGGAACUGCAUCCUACCGAUGCUGCGGGGUUUGAUGUCUUUCUGUUUGGUGGCAUAUUAGGAGAUGAUCCCCCGCGAGACCGCACCAGCGAGUUGCGAAAAAAGGGCUUUUCCGGCCGCCGCCUAGGCCCCGUACAAAUGACUACAGAUACAGCUGUCAGAGUAACGCGAAUGGUUAUCAAUGAUCAAAUUCCCCUCGAUAAGAUCCCUUAUGUCGACUUUCCGGAGCUAAAAUUGGAUGAGCAUGAGUCCACAGAGAUGCCUUUCCGAUACGUCACCGACAAUUCCGGCAAGCCAAUCAUGCCUCAGGGGAUGGUUGAUCUCAUCAAAGCCGACGCGGACAAAGCCUUCGAUAAUCUGGAGUUCGCGGACGAAGUGGAUGGCCUUGACCAGCUGGAAGUUACCAAGCCUUGA